UCCAUUUCCUUCCUUAUGACGACACUCUCUUUUCCUUCAUCUCUUUCUUCCUUCUUCAGUUAUUCCAUCCCCAACUCCAACUUCCAUUUGCACAAACAAACACAUCAUUCUUUCCAUGACCUUCGAUCACGGCCCCAAUCCAAACAAUCUUCCUUUUCCUUAAAUUAGGAUUCGUGUUCAUCGUACAACAAUAAACCCUCCCCACACGCGCCUUCUAUUUCUCCGUUGACUCCAAAAUCCCAAUAUUUCAAACCUAUCUGUUUCUCAUGUCUCUAAUUGAGGAUCUCUGGCCACUGCUCCACCUCGACCAUGUCGUCGGAAAAACAGAAUCGAUUUUGCGGUCUGUACACGAAUCCAUAACGAACUCCACCUGUGAAAGAAGCAGCGAGUUAGAGCACUGUCGUGAUGAGUCAGCAGCGUUCGUGCUCAAAUUCGUGGCCAUAGCGUCGAUUCUAAUCGCAGGGUUUGGGGGAAUCGCGAUUCCGUUGGUUGGGAAACACCGGCGGUUCCUGCGCACCGACGGGAACGCGUUCGUGGCGGCGAAGGCGUUUGCGGCGGGGGUUAUUCUAGCUACGGGGUUCGUUCACAUGCUGAAGGACGCACAGGAGGCACUCAACGACCCGUGCUUGGGUCCAUACCCGUGGUCCAAGUUUCCUUUUCCGGGUUUCUUAGCUAUGAUGUCAGCGCUGUUCACUCUCCUCGUGGACUUUGUGGCAACUCAGUAUUACGAGCGCAAACAAGAACGACGUCGUGUUGUUGAUGUUGAUGUCCUUGACGAUGAGUCGUUGGAAUCGGGAAUCGUGCCGGUGGUUGAGGUUGUUAAUGGGUUUGGGGAAGAAGCAAGCGGUGGAAUGCACAUUGUUGGGAUGCAUGCUCACGCGGCCCACCAUAGACACACCCACCGCGAUAAGGAACAACACCACGGCCACAGCCACUCUCACUCUUUCGGAGGCGAAGAUGACGCGGAAAGUAGCGUCCGCCACGUCGUCGUUUCGCAGGUAUUGGAACUUGGGGUUGUAUCACAUUCGGUGAUAAUUGGAUUAUCUCUAGGAGUUUCACAAAACCCUUGUACCAUGAGACCCUUAAUUGUGGCAUUAUCCUUCCAUCAAUUCUUUGAAGGGUUUGCACUUGGUGGGUGCAUCUGCGAAGCCCAAUUCAAGACCUUAUCGGCAACAAUAAUGGCUUGUGUUUUUGCACUAACAACGCCACUGGGUGUUGCUAUUGGGACGUGCAUUGCUUCAAUUUUUAACCCUUACAGUCCUGGAGCACUGAUCACUGAAGGCAUCUUGGACUCCUUUUCAGCUGGGAUUUUAGUGUACAUGGCUUUAGUGGGCUUAAUAGCUGCUGAUUUUCUUAGCAAGAGAAUGCGUUGUAAUUUUAGACUGCAGAUAAUAUCUUACUGUUUGCUUUUUCUUGGAGCUGGAUUGAUGUCUUCGCUUGCAAUCUGGGCAUGAUCC